AUGGCGUCUAACCAACAAAGCUACAAAGCUGGUGAAACCAGAGGCAAGGCUGAGGAGAAGACCGGACAAGCUAUGGGAACAAUGAGGGACAGGGCUGAGGAAGGUAAGGACAAGACUCAAGGGAUGGCUCAAUCAGCAAAAGACAAGACUUCUCAAACAGCCCAAACGGCUCAACAGAAGGCCCAUGAGACCGCUCAGUCAGCAAAAGACAAGGCAUCUCAAGCUACCCAAACAACCCAACAAAAGGCCCAUGAUACGACCCAAGCAGCAAAAGACAAGACAUCUCAAGCUGCUCAGACGGCCCAAGACAAAGCUCGUGAGUCUAAGGAUAAGACCGGGAGCUACUUGUCGGAGACAGGAGAAGCCAUAAAGCACAAGGCUCAAGACGCGGCUCAGUACACGAAGGAGACGGCUGAAGCAGGGAGAGACAAGACCGGUGGGUUCUUGAGCCAGACCGGUGAACAUGUGAAGCAGAUGGCUAUGGGUGCAGCUGAUGCGGUCAAGCAUACUUUUGGAAUGGCUACGGAGGAAGAAGAUAGAGAACAUUUUCCAGGCACUACUAAAACUACGACCACUACUGGUUCCGGAACCACUGAUCCAACUCAUCAGACUUAUCAGAGGAAGUGA